CUGGCGUGAGCGGCCUCAAACCUGGUGACGGUGCCCUGGGCGGAGGCUGCCUGUUUUCCCGCCGUUUCCUGUGCCUCGUGAAGGAGAGAGCCGGGUGGUCUGAGAUCUGAAUCGGUGGAUUCCGGCUGCCACGCUGAAUGGAUUGGUUUCAUUGCAACCAGUGUUUCCAAAAAGACGGGGCUCAUUUCUUUGUCACCAGCUGUGGCCAUAUUUUCUGUAAAAAGUGUAUGACUCUGGAAAAAUGUGCUGUCUGUGGAAGUCCUUGCAAGCAUCUGGCUCUUUCUGAUCUAAAGCCUCAAGAAAAGAAGUUCUUCAAAAACCCUGUAGAGACAGCCUUGCAGUGCUUUAGUCACAUCUCUCAGGUGUGGUGCUUCCAGAAGAAACAAACAGAUCUUCUUAUCGCCUUUUAUAAGGACAGAAUUACAAAGUUAGAAGCAGCUGUGAAGGAGGCCCAGGAAAUGGCGGCCAGCCAGAACAAAGAGCUAUCAGUCUUAAGAAAGGAGAAUGGAGAACUGAAGAAAAUUCUAGACAUCCUAAAGGGAUCUCCAAGCUGCUACUAUGGAAGCAGGUUAACCACACCUCGACCCGUGGGUAUUACUUCCCCAUCACAGUCAGUUGUUCCACGACCCAGUUCCCAGCAUAGCAGCCAAGUAGUCAGUCGCUCUUCUUCUAUGGAGUCCAUCCCUUACACAGUGGCUGGCAUGGGUCAUGUGGAACAGGGAAGCAGAGGCCUGCACGUAAGGAGCACUCCCGGAGACUCUUACACUGAAACCCCUUCACCAGCUUCAACGCAUAGCCUGUCUUAUAGACUUUCAUCUGCCUCCUCUGGACAGGGGGUUUCUUUUAGGCCAUUCUUCAGUGGGGAUUCAGGCCACACAAGAGUCCUCACUCCCAACAAUUCUGGUCAGAGGGAAAGCAGGACCACACCAGAGAGUCGUCCUGGUUUCCAACUUCCAGUCCUACAGACAUUCUACCAACAGAGGCAGAUGGGACUAGCCAGGAAAGACGGAUGGAACAUUUCCAGAUAGAAAUUCCUCUUCCAGGUCUGCUCUGUACAUAAUGCUCAAGGUUGGACUGUAGUGUCCAGUUCUAUUAGGGGAUAUGGGCAUUUGCUGUUUCCUGGUUUCAGUCUGCAGCUUGUUUUCUUGAACUUUAUCUUACAUGUUUCUCUUGAACUUUAUCUUACAUGUCUUUCCAAAACAUUUAAAAUAAAAAUUAAAAACAAAACUGUGUGUGUUGUAUGAGGGUAUACUACUUGCAUAUGGGUGCCUGUGAUGCAGGUGCCCUCAGAGAGCAGAAGA